AUGAACCAGUACCAGCAACACCAUCGGGAACCUUUACCAGCAACACCAUUGGGAACCUCAACACCACUGGGAAUCUGUACCUGCAACACCAUCGGGAACCUGUACCAGCAACACCACUGGGAACCUGUACCAGCAACACCACUGGGAACAGAUAACAUCCAGCCCGCAACACAGGAACUGAGUACAGUUGAAGACACUGCACACCAUGAGAGUAGUGUCAGCUUGUUAACGGCUGAUAACAUCCAGCCCGCAACACAGGAACUGAGUACAGUUGAAGACACUGCACACCAUGAGAGUAGUGUCAGCUUGUUAAUGGCUGAUAACAUCCAGCCCGCAACACAGGAACUGAGUACAGUUGAAGACACUGCACACCAUGAGAGUAGAGUCAGCUUGUUAACAGCUGAUAACAUCAAGCCCCCAACACAGGAACUGAGUACAGUUGAAGACACUGCACACCAUGAGAGUAGUGUCAGCUUGUUAACGGCUGAUAACAUCCAGCCCGCAACACAGGAACUGAGUACAGUUGAAGACACUGCACACCAUGAGAGUAGAGUCAGCUUGUUAACAGCUGAUAACAUCCAGCCCGCAACACAGGAACUGAGUACAGUUGAAGACACUGCACACCAUGAGAGUAGUGAACUGAGUACAGUUGAAAACACUGCACACCAUGAGAGUAGUGUCAGCUUGUUAACGGCUGAUAACAUCCAGCCUCCAACACAGGAACUGAGUACAGUUGAAGACACUGCACACCAUGAGAGUAGUGUCAGCUUGUUAACAGCUGAUAACAUCCAGCCCGCAACACAGGAACUGAGAACAGUUGAAGACACUGCACACCAUGAGAGUAGUGUCAGCUUGUUAACGGUUGAUAACAUCAAGCCCGCAACACAGGAACUGAGUACAGUUGAAAACACUGCACACCAUGAGAGUAGUGUCAGCUUGUUAACGGCUGAUAACAUCCAGCCUCCAACACAGGAACUGAGUACAGUUGAAGACACUGCACACCAUGAGAGUAGUGUCAGCUUGUUAACGGCUGAUAACAUCCAGCCCGCAACACAGGAACUGAGUACAGUUGAAGACACUGCACACCAUGAGAGUAGUGUCAGCUUGUUAACGGCUGAUAACAUCCAGCCCCCAACACAGGAACUGAGUACAGUUGAAGACACUGCACACCAUGAGAGUAGUGUCAGCUUGUUAACAGCUGAUAACAUCCAGCCCGCAACACAGGAACUGAGUACAGUUGAAGACACUGCACACCAUGAGAGUAGUGUCAGCUUGUUAACGGCUGAUAACAUCCAGCCCGCAACACAGGAACUGAGUACAGUUGAAGACACUGCACACCAUGAGAGUAGUGUCAGCUUGUUAACAGCUGAUAACAUCCAGCCCGCAACACAGGAACUGAGAACAGUUGAAGACACUGCACACCAUGAGAGUAGUGUCAGCUUGUUAACGGUUGAUAACAUCAAGCCCGCAACACAGGAACUGAGUACAGUUGAAAACACUGCACACCAUGAGAGUAGUGUCAGCUUGUUAACGGCUGAUAACAUCCAGCCUCCAACACAGGAACUGAGUACAGUUGAAGACACUGCACACCAUGAGAGUAGUGUCAGCUUGUUAACAGCUGAUAACAUCCAGCCCGCAACACAGGAACUGAGUACAGUUGAAGACACUGCACACCAUGAGAGUAGUGUCAGCUUGUUAACAGCUGAUAACAUCCAGCCCGCAACACAGGAACUGAGUACAGUUGAAGACACUGCACACCAUGAGAGUAGUGUCAGCUUGUUAACAGCUGAUAACAUCCAGCCCGCAACACAGGAACUGAGUACAGUUGAAGACACUGCACACCAUGAGAGUAGUGUCAGCUUGUUAACGGCUGAUAACAUCCAGCCCCCAACACAGGAACUGAGUACAGUUGAAGACACUGCACACCAUGAGAGUAGUGUCAAGUUGAUCAAUGUAUUUCUUCCCAACGACUAG